AUGCGGAAUUUAAUGAGUUCAGCUCGCUCUCUGGCAGCAGAGCUUCCAGUGCGCCCCCUGCUGUAUGCGGCUGGAGCUGCAGUCACGGCCGCAGGGGUUUAUUAUUAUUUUAAGAAGCGUGAAGAUGGAGAGAGAACAGCGGAGCUCGCGGACACACCUCUCACCGAGGACCCAGUGCAGAUGGUGUGUGCAGAGUCUGCUUUGGUGGAGUCAGACUUGAUGUCUGAUGUGGAUGGAGUCAGAGUCACAGAGACUGACAGCGCUGUCCCUGAGGUUUCUCUGAGGGAGGCUGAGGAGAAGAAUCAGAAGGACGAGGUGCCCAGUGCUCCGGUGGACAGCGAGAGGUCCAAACUGGAGGACAGAGUGAGGGAGUUGGAGGAACUGUGUGAGAUACUCAGAGAGUGUGAUAUAAAAACCAAAGAGUAUGAGCAGGAGCGAGAGGCUCACAGUUUCCUGAAGUCUCAGUACGAUCAGAUGAAGGAAACUUUAACACACAACGAGGAGUCAUUGAAGAACUUGCAGGUCUCUCUGGCUGAAGCUGAGAGGAAGUACAAGCAGGUGCUGGAGUCCAGUGCUCAGCUAGAGAAAGAGAACUUCCACCUGACAUCUGACUCGGACAAGCUGCAAGACUCCGUGCAGGAUUAUGUGGAAGCGCUCUGUGAGGCACACAAGAAGUGUCACAUGAUAACAAUGGAGUGUGAGCAAGAGCAAGAGGCUCAUCGUAUCCUGAAAUCCGAGUAUGAAGAGAUGAGGGAAUAUUUAACACACGCCAAGGAGUCACUAAAUGUCAUUUUUCUGUGUUUGUGUGUGUGUGUGUGUGUGUGUGUGUGUGUGUGUGUGUGUACCACAUCAGGAUGGUUAUUGUUAGGAUUCAGGAAUAUAUAGACUUUGGUCACUAGAUGGAGACAUUCUGCAUUUGUGUUUUCCCUUUUUCCACUUGCCUGUUAAUCUGUGUUAUUGUUUUCACCUGACUCCGAUUUACUAGAUUAUUUAUACUCUCCAUUUUCUUUAUUCAUUACUUAAUCUUAGUGUUUUUCAUAUGAGUACCUUACUGCACUACUGCCCCAGCCCCACUGCAUCUGCCCCUUCCACCACUGCUGUUGUGUUUUGCUUGUUAGGGUCAUUCUACAGAACUGUGAAGCUGAGGAGCCUGUAGAUCCAUGAACCCCAAAUACCUGCCAGGGGUGGUGUCUAACACCUGACUUACUACUUACUGUAACCCAAUGGUUUCUGUAAACUGUGUUUUCAUUCAUGGCAUUUGGCAGACGCCCUUAUCCUUACAUGAAUCUCAUUUAUACAUCUGAACAGUUGAGUGUUAAGGGCCUUGAUCUAGGACCCAACAGUGGCAGCUUGGUGUUGCUGGGGUUUGAACUCAUGACGUUCGUCUGACUUGUUCGAUAAGCGAAUAUUCAGAGUGAUAUCGGUCGAUACCGAUAGUUCUGCCUUUUAUGCCUGCUUUAUGCCUACUACUCUACAAAUAUAUUUUUCUGUGCAAUAUAUAUAUAUAUAUAUAUAUA